AUGGCUUUCUAUAGUACAUCUGUAUCUACUACUAUGGCCACUGAUAAAGACAUGGCAAAUGAUAUUGUAAUACCUAAUCCUGCAGAGGAUUCAAUUUCAGAUAUUUCAUUCUCACCGCAAAGUGAUUUUUUGUUUAGCGUUAGUUCGUGGGAUAAUAAAGUUCGUAUUUGGGAUGUGCAAGGGGGUAUUCCACAAGGUAGAGCUCAAUUUGAACAUCAAGCGCCUGUUUUGUGUACCAAGUGGUCGAACGAUGGAACCAAAGUAGUUGCAGGUGGUGCCGACAAUGUUGUAUCGAUGUUUGAUGUUGCUACGGGACAAACUAAACAGUUGGGAUUACACGAUGGACCUGUUAAAUCCAUGAGUUAUUUACAGUUUGGUGGUAGUAAUACGGAUGUAUUGGUCACAGGAUCAUGGGAUAAAACGUUAAAAUAUUGGGAUGCUAGACAAGCACAACCAAUUGGUACAGUAGCAAUGCCAGACAGGGUUUACACACUGGAUAGUCGACAGAUGUUACUUGUGGUGGGCACAGCGGAAAGACAUAUUGCUGUUAUAAAUUUGGGCAAUCCAAUGGCAAUUUUCAAAACUACACAGAGUCCAUUAAAAUGGCAAACAAGAGUUGUUGCAUGUUAUAACGAAGGUGAUGGAUAUGCACUUGGAUCAGUCGAAGGUAGAUGUGCAAUUAGAUAUGUGGAUGAUGAAGAACAGCGUAAAAAAGGAUUUUCGUUCAAAUGUCAUCGACAGACGAAUUCUAACAGAGCACCAGGUCAGCCGGCACAAAGUUUAGUGUAUGCUGUUAAUAGUAUUGCUUUCCAUCCAAUAUAUGGUACAUUCGCUACAGCUGGUGGUGAUGGAUCAUUUCAUUUUUGGGAUAAAAAUCAAAGGCAUCGUUUAAGAGGUUUCCCAUCAUUACAGGCAAGUAUCCCAGUUUGUUCAUUUAAUAGAAAUGGUGCAGUUUUAGCAUAUGCAUUAUCAUACGAUUGGAGUCAAGGACAUAUGGGUAAUCGUGCUGAUUAUCCAAAUGUGAUUAGAUUACACCCAACUUCAGAUGAUGAAAUUAAGGAAAAGAAAAGGAGGUAA